AUGUCUGACUCAACCGCGGAGCUGAUACAAGAGCUGCAGGAAAAUCAAGUAGCCACCUACACUGGACUCGCUGUCACUUCCAUCAUCCUUUACGACUAUAUCAUUACUCUAGACCAAGAGAUCUCCGUGUUAUGUGGAGACGUAAUCGUGGUAGUUUCGACGCUCGUGAAGACUUUCCAACAGUGGCGCGAGUCCCGCAGACUGAAGCUGAAAUUAUCGGCAUCUUCGCUCCUCCUUCGUGAUGGAACAGUAUACUUCAUAUUACUGCUUGCCUUGAACGUUGCACAGAUUCUCACUGCUGAGACGCCGGCCACAACUCUAACUGCCAGUGCGACCCAGUUCAUAACAACCAUGCCCAGCGUGCUGAUCAGCCGAUUCAUACUGAAUCUACGGCAACUAAGCCAAACUGAUUCCACGGAAUCUACCGCAGACGUAGAUCGCUUUUCACGCUUCUCAGUCCCGAACUUUCGGGUUCCUUCGGACCUGCUUGGGAACAUCGGCGAGCCGCUUGAUCACCGGCAGGAUGAAGCCGUCUUCCUUGGGGACUCGAGAAGCGAGUCUGGGUUUGCGUCGGAGCGUCGAGUUUCCGACGAGUCGGGAAGCUCUACUGACCACAGCGGACGUUCCGAAUCCGAAAAUGGUGUUUGA